UUCGUGGUGGGAGACCCUCCUGCUCUUUUUCAGCUCCUGUCUCAGUAUUGUCUUGCUAGUGUCCGUAUUAGCUCAUUUUGACUACACCGCCGCAGCCAUGAAAAGGAGUAUAUCUAUAAGUAGAGUAUUCUGCUUGCUCCUGCUGUGUGCUCUUAUCUCGCAAACAUACACAGAAUCAUCGACACCGACGCGCAGACGGUUACGACGGCCGAGCGGAUCCAGCCGUGUUCGGGACCAGGAGACCAGCGCGAGCGUCAACAGGUUUAAAGUAAGGAACAGGAUCUCUGACAAAUCGACAGCCGUACUAACGAGGAAGUCCGGUACAGACACCGCCUCCACAUCAUCGUCAUCAUCAAAAAAUGACGACGGAUACAAGGUCGUUUGUUAUUACACUAACUGGUCUCAAUACAGACCCAAAAUCGGCAAGUUCCUCCCGGAGGACAUCGACCCCAAUCUCUGCACACACAUCAUCUUCGCUUUCGGAUGGCUGAAGAAGGGCAAGCUAUCGUCUUUCGAGUCGAACGACGAAACCAAAGACGGCAAAGUGGGUCUUUACGAAAGGAUAAGGAAUUUGAAGAAAGCCAACCCCAAGCUUAAAACCCUCUUGGCCAUAGGCGGUUGGUCUUUCGGAACCCAGAAAUUCAAGGACAUGUCCUCGUCAAGGUACGCCAGACAGACCUUCAUCUACAGUGCCGUUCCGUUCCUGAGGACCAGACACUUUGACGGUCUCGAUAUGGAUUGGGAGUACCCGAAAGGAGGAGAAGACAAAAAGAAUUUUGUACUCCUUCUAAAAGAAUUGAGAGAAGCUUUUGAAGCGGAAGCCCAGGAAGUUAAGAAACCCCGAUUACUGCUUUCCGCUGCUGUGCCCGUCGGCCCGGACAAUGUCCGCGGUGGUUACGACGUCCCCGCCGUCGCCGGGUAUCUAGAUUUCAUCAACUUGAUGGCUUACGAUUUCCACGGAAAAUGGGAACGCGAAACCGGUCACAACGCUCCGCUCUACGCGCCUUCGUCUGACUCCGAAUGGAGGAAACAGCUUUCCGUCUCGGCAGCUGCCGACAUGUGGACCAGGCUUGGAGCCCCGAAGGAGAAGCUGAUCAUCGGGAUGCCGACCUACGGAAGGACCUUCACCCUCUCGUCCAUGCAGAGGACGUCCGUCAACUCCCCCGCCUCCGGAGGUGGCAAAGCAGGAGAAUACACUAAAGAAGCCGGAUACUUAGCUUACUACGAAGUCUGUGAGCUGCUCAGGAACGGCGCGUCGUACAUCUGGGACGAAGAAAUGAAAGUGCCUUACGCCAUUCAGGGUGACCAAUGGAUCGGGUUCGACGACGAGAAGUCCAUUAGGCAUAAGAGUAACUGGAUCAAGGAAAACGGAUACGGAGGUGCCAUGGUGUGGACCGUCGACAUGGACGACUUCACAGGCACUGUCUGUGGAAACGGUGUUAAAUAUCCACUCAUCGGGGCCAUAAGGGAAGAAUUGAGAGGAGUCAAGAGAGGUCCUAACGCAGUUGACGUCGACUGGACUAAAGUUGCCAAAGCCCCACCACCCACUGCAGUUAAGCCUGCUGCCAUCAAGAUCCCAGCUUCAGAUGCCAUUUCAAAACUCACUAGAGCCAAGCCGACAGUAUCAAACAACAUUAUCCCAACUCAAGACGCUAACGUGAGAGAAGCACAAGUGUUCUGCUACUUGACUUCGUGGUCUGCGAAAAGGCCCGGUGCAGGCAGAUUUCAACCGAAUGACCUCCAGCCCAAUCUUUGUACGCACAUUAUCUAUGCCUUUGCUACACUUACUGACCACAAACUGGCUGCUGCCAGCGGAACAGAAGAGCAGUAUCAUAAAAUAAUCGCUUUAAGGGAACAAAAUCCAAAUUUAAAGAUUUUACUCGCAAUCGGAGGAUGGGCUUUUGGUUCAACCCCAUUUAAAGAACUCACAAACAACGUCUAUAGAAUGAACCAGUUUGUCUACGAAGCUAUCGAGUUCUUAAGGGAGUUCAAGUUCAACGGUCUCGAUGUCGACUGGGAAUACCCAAGAGGUGUGGAUGACAGAGCUUCAUACGUAAACCUUUUGCGCGAACUGAGGAUGGCGUUCGAAGGUGAGGCCAAAUCUAGCGGCCAGCCAAGGCUACUUCUCACUGCUGCCGUGCCUGCAAGUUUUGAGGCAAUUGCUGCUGGUUACGAUGUACCUGAAAUCGCCAAGUAUCUCGACUUCAUUAACGUCAUGACGUAUGAUUUCCACGGACAAUGGGAAAGACAAGUAGGACACAACUCACCGCUCUAUCCGCUUGAAAGUGCUACUAGCUACCAGAAAAAGCUCACAGUUGAUUACAGCGCGAGGGAAUGGGUAAAGCAAGGAGCUCCUAAAGAGAAGCUCAUGAUCGGAAUGCCGACUUAUGGAAGAAGUUUUACACUCGUAGACGAGGACAAGUUUGACAUCGGUGCACCCGCUUCUGGAGGCGGCAAGCCAGGCAACUACACAGCUGAGAGCGGUUUCAUGGCUUACUAUGAAGUUUGCGACUUCCUUCAUGAAGAUAACACAACUUUGGUAUGGGAUAACGAGCAACAAGUUCCAUUUGCAUACCGAGGCAACCAAUGGGUCGGAUUCGACGAUGAGAGAAGUUUAAAAACCAAGAUGACAUGGCUCAAAGAAGAAGGAUUCGGUGGAAUAAUGAUCUGGUCCAUUGACAUGGAUGACUUCAGAGGUAUAUGCAACAAUGGAAAAUUCCCGUUGGUGAAUGCCAUGAAACAAGAACUCGAAGACUAUUCAGUCAAAUUAGAAUAUCAGGGUCCGUACGAAGGAACAGGUUCGAGCGGCGCCUAUACGACAAAAGAUCCGAAUGCGGUAACUUGCGAAGAGGAAGAUGGACACAUCUCGUACCACCCGGACAAAGCGGACUGCACGAUGUACUACAUGUGUGAGGGUGAGAGGAAACACCACAUGCCUUGUCCUUCGAACCUCGUCUUCAAUCCAAAUGAAAAUGUCUGCGACUGGCCGGAAAAUGUCGAGAGCUGCUCACAGCACACACAGGCCCCACCGGCUGCUCGGCGCUGAUCUUACACGACAGUAAUUCCACCAUCCGAAUCCUCAUACAAAUCCCACAAUCCGCUUGCUCAAAACUUCAGGUUUGGAACAGUUUCAAGACCCCAAUUUUCCAGUCUCUCUUGUUGCAAUUUUGUUAGCCGAAGUAUUGCCUAAAGACGAUUGUGAUAAAAUUUCAAUUUUUCUAUAUUCUCUUGUUGAAAGUGUUUGUUUUUUCAAAUAUUGUUAAUGGUGUAUACUGUUUUUACAAGUUUUUUUCUCACAAUAUAUUCUGUAAUUAUUAUUUUGUAAAUACAUAUAUAUAAAAAUUGUCUGGAAAAUAGGUUUGUGAGGUGGAGUAUUAUAUUUUUGGAUAUAUAAAAAACCAAACUGCCAUGUAUGUAUUCUGUAAUUAGAAUUUUUCAUUGAUAAAAUCCUUUUGAAUUUAUUUUGUAAUAUUUAUUGUAUUUAAUGUAAGAUAGAAUUUAAGAUUUUUAUUAUUACUUCAUAUUUUCACACCCAGUUCUAAAAUAAAGAAAUUGCUUCAAAAAUUUUUCUCAGAUUGGAUUCUAUCGGUCAAAGUUAAACAGUCGGAUUCUUUGGACUUGUACGGAAGUCGCCUGAGAUAUACAAAGUAUACAAGAAUAUUAAAUUUUCAUUUGAUACAUUGACUGUGUAUGUAAAUAUUAUAUAAUACAAUUUUAUUAAACCUGUUUUAUAAAAACUA